ACCGGCAUUUCAGUAUUCUUUUGCCGAGAGGCAAACCCAUCGUGUGUUAUUUAUUUAUUUAUUGCGCAUACUUUCAGUUUUUAAUUUAAGAUGUUGUCCCUUUGUCUUUACGUGCCUGUUUCGAACUCCGAUCCUAUCGAAGUUGAUUAUUUUGAGUCAAAUGGACUUCCAUCCGAGCUGAAAUCCUUGUUCAAGCUAAGCGUGCUACUCCCAUCUCAGGAAUUUACUACUUAUCAGAAAUGGAGAAAGAAAAGUGUGAAGGAGGAGAAGGAAGUGGACGGCCAGCUGGACUUUGAGGAGUUUGUGCAUUACCUGCAAGACCACGAGAAGGACCUGAAGCUCGUCUUCAAGACGCUGGAUAAGAAAAGUGCAGGUCAUGUUGAUGCCAAAGAGAUUGUGGAGUCGCUACGAGACCUUGGCGUCUACAUCACGCUACAGCAGGCCGAAAAAGUUCUCACAAGUAUGGACAAGAAUGGGACGAUGACCAUCGACUCAAAAGACUGGAAGAAUUACCCCACCUUACAGCCUGUGGAGAACCUCCCAGAGAUCAUUCUUUACUGGAAACACUCAACGAUCUUUGAUGUCGGGGAGAACCUGAUGGUCCCAGAUGAGUUCACAGAGGAGGAGAAGCUGACGGGGAUGUGGUGGCGCCACCUGGUGGCCGGAGGGGGCGCAGGCGCAGUCUCUAGGACCUUCACCGCCCCUCUGGAUCGCCUGAAGGUCAUCAUGCAGGUCCACGGGUCUCGGAGCGGCAACAUGUGCCUCAUGACUGGCCUUGCCCAGAUGAUCAAAGAGGGCGGCGUCCGCGCGUUGUGGAGAGGAAACGGCAUCAACGUCAUUAAGAUCGCCCCCGAGUCGGCGCUCAAGUUCAUGGCCUACGAACAGAUUAAGCGCCUGAUGGGCAGCAAUGGGCAGACGCUUGGCAUCUCGGAGCGCUUUGUGGCCGGCUCUCUGGCAGGAGUCUUCGCCCAGAGUGUCAUCUACCCGAUGGAGGUCCUCAAGACCCGAUUGGCACUGAGAAAGACGGGCCAGUACGCUGGCAUCUCGGACUGUGCCAAGCAGAUUCUCAGGAGGGAGGGCAUGAGUGCCUUCUACAAAGGCUAUGUUCCCAACAUGUUGGGCAUCAUCCCCUACGCGGGCAUCGAUCUGGCAGUGUACGAGACCCUGAAGAACUCCUGGCUGCAGCGGCACGGUUCUGACAGCAGAGACCCGGGCGUGUUGGUUCUCUUGGCCUGUGGAACAGCCUCCAGCACGUGCGGUCAGCUGGCGAGCUACCCUCUGGCCCUGGUGCGGACGCGCAUGCAGGCACAAGCUACGCUACAGAGCAGCGCCCCCCAGGCCUCCAUGACUGGCCUGUUCAAGCAGAUCCUGCAGACCGAGGGCCCCACUGGCCUCUACCGCGGCCUGACCCCUAACUUCCUCAAGGUCAUCCCAGCGGUCAGCAUCAGCUACGUGGUGUACGAGAACAUCAAGUCCACCCUGGGGGUGACGUCGCGGUGAAGAAGCCUCUCCAUGCUGCUGUGAUUUAUCGUUUUCUUUUGGACAGAGAAGUGAAGGGUCUGGACAGAAGAGUCCUUCAGUCUGGACGCCUCAGACCCUGUGAGGGAGUUGAGGCGUCGCCCUGCUGAAGGAAUGAGAAGGCUGGCAAACGUCUGUCUGGACUACGAGUUCUUCAGGAAGUGAACAAGUAUGGAUUAUGAAUGCUGUGCAAAGGGGAUCGGGGGUGCCUUUAACCAGCGCUGCUGCUGUAAUCGAAAUAGAUUUAUUUUUUAUGUUAACUUUGAGGAGAGACCAUGGUACUGGAAUACUGAAAGCUCGGACCAAAUCUGUGUUGUGAAUCCACCUCUAGCUUGGAAAAAGGCUGAAGAGUGUGUGUUUAUUUGUGGGCGUCUGAGAAACCGUCUAAUGUCUGAUGUAUUCUUCCAAUGUAAAGCAUUAACAGUAUGUAUGUAUGUAGGAUGGACAGUAUGUAUGCCCACUAUUCGAUUGAUCGUCUUCAUAUCCGCGUUUGUCCCAAUGAGCAGCACCAAGUCUUGUCGCCCUGAGAGGGAGAUCUCAAGCUCUGAGAGAGGAGACCGAGUGCCAUGAGCGAGGCUCAACCAUGGUUGCUUCACACUACACACAGCUCGGACUGCUGGGGGGGGAGGGGUGGGAGGGGUGGGUCUGCCCUCACCCUGGGUAGAACUUGGGGGUAUUUAUUUGGUAGUUUCUUUAUCUUAUCGGUGCUCUCUCUGCUGCACCCCUGUUCCACUGGGCUGACUGGUGGAUAUAUUUAUGUACGGACACACAGAGAAAGUAUUUAUUUUUUACUGGUGGAGCGGGGCAGCAGAUGGAGCUCGUCGUUUAAAGCAGCGCAGCAGUGGUUGGUGGCGCGUCAUUGUGUUUUCAUAAUUGGGAGAUUGCUAGAUCUGUGGGCAUUGCCUCAAAGCUAAUCUGUUGAGAUUGCUAGAUCUGUGGGCAUUGCCUCAAAGCUAAUCUGUUGCCUAAUCUGAUGCCUAAUAGGGGAGAAUGCGGAGUAUUGCUAAGAUUCAGCUUGAUUCAAAAUCGGUGCAUUAAAUGCCAUUUCCUUUCUUUUUUUUAAUGAGCUGCCAGAUUGUGUUCUAGAUGAAAAAUGUUUGCAUUGACCUGUUAAACUAGAGGAAUCAACCUUGGUUGCUCAUUCAGUAUUGAGGUGACUGGUGUAAAGAUGGUCUUCAAUUCAACAUAUUUUGCAGAAGUUGAUGUAGAAAAUCAAUGGGUUCAUGCACACAGAAGCCGCAUUUGAUUCAAAAAUCGAUAUUUGACUCAAAAGCAAUGCACUUUAAAUGACUUCAGUCACUUUUUAAAUGUUCUGUGUAAUUCACUGUUGGGGGGGAGAGAAGAGCAUUAAAUCACUGUCUGUGUGUGUUUCGUCACGUAAUGUGAUGGUUUGUAUGGGCCAAUCAUUCCAAAUAUGUUGAGUUCAAAAAAGGAGAUGAGGGCUAGGUGCACUGAGGUGAUUUUGGGUUGACUGUAAAUCAACAAAGCUGGAACAAAAAUAUCUCUCUUCAGUAUAUUUCACUACAACUGAAUGUAAGCCUAGGCCUUAAAUACAAGAUGUCGUAUUAACAGAUAAGAUACCUCAGGGAAAACCAGUUGAAUAAUGAAGUUUUUUGUAACUUAGUAAAUGGCUAGCCAGUAUUGUUUCUAUUUCUGUUGUUAGCCCUCUGUGUUGCAUUUAACAGAUCUGAAAAGACUGAACACUCUGGACUUAAUAAAAACACAUUUUAAAAUCAAA